AGCCCAUCGCCAAAUUUUGCUGCUGUCGUACUCGUGAAGUGAAAAUAUUAUGGGUCGCGAUAAAUUCGCCCAAAUUCAGUGAAAAUUUGUGAAAAAGUGGAUUAAAAGGUUCUUGUUAUUAUUCUUAAUGUACAGUUUUAUAAGUGGAAGUAAAUGUGAUUACGAAAUUACGUCGAAUUCUUCGUAUGGAAUGUAAUUUAUUUUUCCUUUUGAGUGCACUUGCUGCUGGAAAAAAUCAAACCAUUCAAGAUGGAUGACGAAUCAGCAGUAUAAUUAAUGUUUUUCUCGGUUUUUUGAUGAUUUCGGUGACUUUAAAUAUGCUAUUGAACAUUAAAAUAUUAUUUUCAGUGACACUACGUAUGUUUUAAUGAAGCGAUUAACGGUACACCCUUGUAUGUGCCGCAGGUUGAAAUUUUAGCUCGUAUAAUGAGUAUUUGCUGAUCUAUAAUGAUGCCAUCAGUGAAAAGUGUGUGAUUAUAAGAAGAGAAGAAGUAAAUGUAGUUUAUUCAUAAGAAAGUGCAAGAAAACAUCAAUUGACAUUCCAAAAAGUCUCAAAGUGAUAAAUUAUAUCGAUUUGUAUCUACGUGAGCAAGAAUGGCCUACCACAAACCAACAGAUAUAGACGGAUUCAUCACGCAGAUGGCCAAAGCCGACAUGCGAGUUAAGGCACAACUUGCGGAGGAUCUAGUAUUGUAUCUCAACGAUUCAGAAAACUCGAUAGAAUGCGUUGAUCUGGGACUACUCAUAGAUGGAUUGAUCCCAUGGAUGAUAGGCAGCCACUUCAAGAUUGCUCAACGUGCUUUGGAGGCAUUCACAGAACUGAUCGUGCGCCUUGGUCAAGAUUUUAACGCGUAUACCUCAACAAUCCUGCCACAUGUCGUGGAUCGGUUAGGGGACAGUCGUGACACUGUCCGAGAAAAGGCGCAGCUGCUGCUGCAUAAGUUGAUGGAAUGUCGAGUAGUUUCACCACAAUCAUUACUUGAUAAGCUGACUGUUUGUUUCAAACAUAAAAAUGCAAAAGUUAGAGAAGAGUUUUUGCAAACAAUCGUCAAUGCUCUCAAUGAGUAUGGCACCCAAUCACUAUCGGUGAAAACGUACAUACAGCCAAUCGUAUUGCUGCUUGGAGAUCCGGCUCCUACUGUACGGGAUGCAGCAGUGCAAACAUUGGUCGAGAUUUACAAGCAUGUUGGAGAUAAACUACGAAUCGAUCUGAGGAAGAGAGACGUGCCGCCAGCUAAAUUUCUUAUUCUGGAGCAAAAAUUUGACGAAACGAAGAACGAUGGAUUACUCCUCCCCUCAGCUAUCAACGCAGCCAACUCGAUUGAUGAUGUGGACACGGCAGUUGUAGCAAGACCGACCAGAUUGGUAAAAAGAACACCAUCAGCAACUCCACGAAAGCCGCUGUUCGAAGCGCAAGGAUCUGGUGAUUUGUUAGCAGCAGGUGCUGUAUCUGUGGAUAUAUUCGAAAACUCGUUUGAAAAUGUCCCACAGUUGACCAUAUUCUCCCAACGUGACAUGGAUGACCACAUGAAAUCCAUCAACACAGUCAUCGGUGAUAAAAAUAUGGACUGGGAAAAACGAGUCGAUGCGCUGAAAAAGAUACGAUCGCUUCUAUUGAUCAACGUGCAAAAUUCGCCAACAUUCACUCAACAGCUUAAAGACUUGUCCAUUGCAUUCCUUGACAUACUGAAAGAACUGAGAUCACAGGUUAUUCGCGAAGCCUGUAUAACUUUGGCUUACAUGAGCAAAGUACUGAAGAAUCGAUUAGAUCAGUUUGUGAUAUACAUUUUGCAAGAGUUGAUCAAUUUGAUUCAAAACUCUGCAAAAGUCAUAUCGUCAGCCGGCAUAAUUGCCCUGAAAUAUGUAAUUAAACAUACACAUGCCCCAAAAAUAGUGCCAAUAAUCACCCAGAAUCUCAUGCAAUCCAAGUCGAAGGACAUCCGCAGUACGCUGUGCGAGAUAAUGAUCCUGCUGUUUGACGAAUGGCCAACAAAAACAUUGGAGAAAAACAGUUUGCUUCUAAGAGAUGCACUGCGAAAAGGAAUUUCGGAUGCGGAUAGCGAAGCAAGAAGACAUAGUCGAUGUGCCUUCUGGAGUUUCCGACGACAUUUUGUGGACCUCGCUGACAACUUGUACUCGUCGUUGGAUCCAGCUACGCAGCGUAUGAUGGAGAGAGAUCGCGAUAAUUUGGGAACAAAUGGUACCAAUUCUAUGAGUGUUAGUUUGCGAGGCAGCAAUAGUAGCUUGAAUUCUGUCCCUGGUGGUGUGAUAAAACGUAGACAAUCCUCAGGACUGAGAAGUCCCGCUUCUGCACAACCCCCAGGUAACGCAACAAGUGUUAGUACCGAAAACCUUUCAUCUGGGCAAUCCAGCUCUACUAGAUUGCAAAGAACUCCGUCGCUACCUAGGACUUACUCACGCAAUCGGAGUGGAAUUCCAGUUGCUCAUCGAGACAAUACUGCUCCUCCCAGAGCUGGCCUACGUAGCGUUUCUGCUGUUGAUACAGCUGCAGCACAGAGGGCACGGGCAAGAGCACAGUAUUCGAAUAUGGCUCGUAUGAAAAUAUCAUCAGGAUCAGCAUCAUUGCAGGGACAGUAUGCUCAGCAAGCGCGGGCUAAAAAGGUACCACUUUUGAGCAAUACUCCGCAGCAGCCUCCAACCCCCGAGCGGAAAAUUCGUUCUAGAUCUGGUGUUUCACAAUCUCAACCAACAUCGAGAAGUACAUCUCCGUCAAGCAAGCUGCGCGAUACCUAUGGCAUUGCAUCAAUUUAUAAGCAGACCGGUACAAUUCCAAAGAAAAAUUCAGGAAUCCCUCGAUCUUUGGUUAAUUCACGUGAGACUAGUCCUACAAGAGGAACACAAUUCGGAUCACUACGCCGUAACGUGUACGGAACGAACAGCCCCAGAAGACUAGACAGGCCACCGGUAAAUCCUGGACGCCCUGUUUUGGCACAGAAAAUACUACAGCAAAGCAGGGAAGCCGAAAGUGCUCUGGCCGAUGCCCUUUCACCCGAUGAUCAUGACUUAUCGACGGAUUUUUCUCGCUUGGGACUGCAUAGGAAAAUUUCACGCGACGAAUCGGAUGAAAGUGAAGCCUCGUCCGUAUGUUCCGAGAGAAGUUUUGAUUCCUACAGAAGAGGAAACGACUCGUAUUCGUGGAACGGGUCACGGACUCGCUUGGACAGUUCACGAACAAUGAUAGACGACAUCGACACAAUAAUACAGCUGUGCGCAUCCACACAUUGGUCGGAGCGGAAAGACGGUCUCAUUAAUCUGACCCAAUAUUUAAGUGAAGGAAAAAUGCUAACGUCACAACAACUACAAUGUGUUCUGGACUUGUUCAGAAAAAUGUUUAUGGAUCCACACAUCAAGGUGUAUGCACUAUUUUUGGACACGGUUAACGAACUUAUUCUAUCGCACUCAAAUGACUUGCACGACUGGUUGUUCAUACUACUAACGCGAUUAUUCCAAAAGCUUGGUGGAGACUUAUUAGGAUCUAUGCACGGUAAAAUUUGGAAAACCUUGCAGCUGAUUUACGAAUACUUCCCAGCGGAUCUACAAAUGCAGUGUGUCUUCAGAAUACUGAUUGACGCAGCCCAAACUCCAAAUAUCAAAACACGGCAAGCGACAUUGAAAUUUUUGACAACGCUGGCUACUACCUACUGUACUGCAGCCCAAUUUGUAACACAUAGUCAAACGCAGCAGCUAGUCGACAGGGCAAUAUUGAAGAUUGUCCAAACAUCUCUUGAUCAAAAAAGUCUCGAACUAAAGUCACAGGCACGCUCCUGCAUUGUAGCUUUGUAUAACUGCAACCCAUCACAGAUGACAAUGACAUUGGCGAAUCUUCCUAAACAAUAUCAGGACACAGCAAAGGCAAUCAUACAGCACCACAUGAGACGAAGUACCUCAGGAACGGAUAGUCCAUCAUCACCGUUGUCGUCAUCCAGUCCGAAACCACUGCUGAGUCCACAACAAGGGUUGUACAGCUUACAAAGUGCAAGCAACUCCAGAUCACGGCAAAUAUCAAUCGAUGUGGCCGACUCGAUGAAUUCAGAGGAAGUGUAUAAAAACUUGCGGAAAACAACGGCUGAGAUACAAAAUUACAGUUUUGAAGCAAAACUCGACAGAGAUGCCAACAGUAAAGAUUCAGGAAUAAGUCAAAUGGGAGAAGUACAAACACAAAACAGUGAAAAUUUUAUGUUGGCGUCCAAUGGUCUGAACGGUCACGUUGGCAUUGACAAAGAUGAUUCAUGUAAUGGAUCUAAGACGCAAUCCGCAACCACUACGGAGUCCAAUACUCCGGAGAACACAGUGCGUUUGGACGGCAUUGAUAUGAAUCAAAAAGCAGCAAUUCACUCGCAGCGUCAGCAUCAGUAUACCCUGACUGACACCGGCGAACUUGUUGUAGAUGGUGGAAUCAAAGAAAAUGACAUCAUAAAGGCAGCAAUAAUUUUGUCGCACGAAACCAGCCCUGAAACAUGCGUACAAGUUCUAGAGAAUCUGCAAACGUGCAUCAAGCAUGGAAACUGUGAAUUGCCAAUCAAAAAUUUUAAAGCCAUCAUGAAAAUGUUACUCAAUUUAAUGGAAUCGCAAAACUUCACAGUAUUGAUCGUAGCUUUGCAUACGCUCGGUCGCAUCGUUCGUAGUGCUGAAAUGAAGUCAUGUUGGAGUAAUUUUUUGGAGCUAAUUUUACUAAAAAUUAUCGACUGUUAUAAAAUCAGCAAGGAGGUAUCGAGAGAAAUCGACAUUAUUGUAGUAAAAAUCGCAAGUGUUUUACCGUUAGAUAUUUCUGUAAAUAUCCUCAAUCCAGUUAUUGCAACUGGAGACUUUCCUGCAAACCUUUGCGCAUUAAAAAUUUUAAAGGAAUUAGCGCACAAACAGGGCAAAGAUUUAACAGAUAAUCACCUGGACAGCAUAAUGCCAAACAUAGCUAGGUUAGCUGACGAUAGUCAAUCCAUGGUACGGAAAGCAGCAGUAUUUUGCAUGGUUGAGUUAUACAUUGUGAUGGGCGAGGAGAAGGUUAAACCGAAAUUUGCGCUUCUCAAUGCUAGUAAAAUAAGGUUGCUUAAUGUUUAUAUUGCGAAAUCGAUGAGCAGUAAUAAGGGAGUGAGCUCAUGAUCAAAGCAGGCCAUGUGAUUUCUGUUCAAAGGACGCAAAAUCGCAAAAAUUCUAUGUAAAUUCGGUAGAAAUAUUUCGAUUAUUCAUGAAUAAUAUUUAUUUGACAUUUA